GAGGGGCUGGCGGGUCUGUUCAGCUGCGCACCACAAAGUUGCAGAGCGUCCCCGAGUCCCCGCCUGCCUGCUUGCACUUGUCAUCUCUCGCACCUGGAGCCCUAAUCUCGUCCAUAGCAACAUCUUCAUUUUACUUUAGCCUUCUAGACUUCAACAGUUUGAUUUAGACGUGUUUCGUUGCGGUCGAAGAUGCUGGCUUGUACAGAGAUGAUCACUAUGUGCCUGCAGUCGGCCAAACAGAAGCAUCUUCGGGCUCAGCAGCAACAGCAGCCGCCGCACAAUGCCGGACAGGGGCUUACUAUUUUUCAUGAUAUUUUCCGCAGAGCAGACAAAAACGAUGAUGGCAAGUUGUCAUUUGAAGAGUUUAAUACUUACUUUGCUGAUGGGAUCCUGACUACUGAGGAGCUACAGGAGCUUUUCUAUUCCAUAGAUGGCCAACAGAAUAACAAUCUGGACACUGACAAGCUAUCAGAAUAUUUUUCUCAGCACCUUGGAGAGUAUCUUAAUGUCCUUUCAGCUCUGGAGAGCCUGAAUAUUGCCAUCUUAAAGGCAAUGGAUAAAACUAAAGAGGAGUACCAAGGUGCCAGCGUGUUGGGUCAGUUUGUCACCAGAUUCAUGCUAAGGGAGACAUCCAGUCAGCUGCUUUCUUUACAGAGGUCCCUGCAGUGUGCCAUGGAGGCUGUGGAAGAGCAGAGCAGCCCUGCCCCGAGAGAAGUAAAGGCGCCAGAGCUGACAGCAAUACAGAGAAAUGGCAGGCGCUGUGGUCGCAGGGUCCAUAAUAACCUGUGCCUCUCUCCAUCAGAUCCCUGCACUGGCAUCCUGACCAUGGGUGUCAACAUGGAAGAUGGAGAGAACUGGUGUUCUCAGAUCAAUAGGCUGCAGCAACUUUUGGAUAAACUGGAGUGUCAGAGUCCCAAGUUGGAGCCACUUAAGGAGGACACACUGGCCAGUACAUACAAGUCUAAUAUCCUGCUGGUUCAGAGGCAGAUGUCAGUGACUGAUGUCAAUCUGGACAAUUUCCAGAAAGUUCUAAAGAGCUACAUUGACGCCACCUCAGCUCACUCUGACAACCUGCAUGUGUCCGUUCAGAAGCUCCCAGGAAAGUCGUGUUACAUAAUGCAUGAGUUCUGGCAAGACCGCCUCUCCUGGAUGAGCUAUCUUCAGUCUAACAGCAGUAAAGACUUCCAACGCUGCAUUAUUGAUAUGUUGGAGGAUGCUGAAGUAGUAUCCACUAUGUUGCUCCCAGCUUCCUGGUGGAUUAUGACUAACAACUAGCAACUAAAUCCAGAAUGUCACAUCUACUGCCUACACUGUCACACGGACAAAGGCACGCUGGCGCAUCAACCCACCCACCCACAUGUACUCUUGCACGCAUACAAACACACAAACACACACACACAUACAGAACAUUUCAAAAGACAUCCACGUGUUUGAAAUCAACAGGAGACCGAGACAAUGGCGUCAUCCAGCAUUCUCCAGCAGCAUCUUUUCAUGUUCCUGUCUUGGACUGCUCAUUAUUGUGCCGCUUUAUGAAAAGGGAUAGUUGCACACACUAGCUACUAUUGACCUGAAAGUAACUGAUUCUCUGCAACGCAAAACCCGUUCUAUGAAUUUUCUCCCCCUUGUCUCAAUUGUGGUAUGGCCUCCCUUUUUUUGCAGUGUUUGUCUGAUAUUAUGCCAAUGGAUGGAAACCAAAAAGACGCUAAUGUAGGCUACUAGAGCACACGCAAAUUGGAAUGAGAUUACAAUACCAGUAGGGUUUUGUGUAUUUUGAGGAGUUGUUUACUGUUGAGUACAAUUGAUAAGGAUGAAAAAGCAGGAGAGGAUGAGGAGAUGAAAGGUUACUGUAGCCUAAACAUGCAUGUUGAUGUGGCCGCAUCCUGGCUGUACAUGCUGUAUUAUAGUGUAGCAGUGUAUUUUUUUUUUCAUUUUGCUAUCCUACUAUUAUGUGCACAGAAUGCCAAAAAUGCUAUUAAAAUUACCACACCUGCCCUGACAUUUCUCUAUUGCUAGAUACAGUGUACUAGUGGUCUGCUAUUAGUUGCAGUGCAUCUCUUCAGUCUGAGACACAUUAUCAGUCUCAAAUGUAAAAAAUAUCUUAAAACAUGCAUAUUUAAAAUAAAUAAUACUUUGUGAGAAGAUUUCAUUGUAUCACUAAGUUAUAAAAGAAAAAAAUGUAUUUAAUGCAUCAUGUAUUUAUUUUGAUGAUGGUGGAGUUUAUGCCAUCUGUACAUAUGGAAAUUACAUAUAUUCAUAUUUAUGUUGUGCUUUGGUUUGGCAAUGUACACAGCUAAAUGACUGAAAAGCAACUUUAAUAAAAAUGAAAGAUAACAA